AAAAGGAGUCUUGAAAUUUCUCGGAAGCAAAAGCGUUGAAUUUCAUUUAUUUAUUGUUUCGUCCGCCGGAGAGAUGGGAGGAGACGACAAAGUGUUCACCUUGGCGGAGGUUUCGGAACACAGCACCAAACACGACUGUUGGCUCGUCAUCGACGGCAAGGUCUAUGAUGUGACAAAGUUCUUGGAUGACCAUCCCGGUGGCGACGAGGUCCUGUUGUCUGCCACAGGGAAAGACGCUACGGAUGAUUUUGAGGAUGUGGGUCACAGUACAACGGCAAAAGCCAUGCUGGAUGAAUACUACGUGGGUGACAUAGACUCGGCCACGAUCACAACCAAGACCACCAAGUAUACACCCCCGAAGCAGCCUCAGCAUAACCAGGAUAAGACCCCGGAAUUCAUCAUUAAGAUCCUUCAGUUCCUUGUCCCUCUUCUCAUCUUAGGCUUGGCUCUCGGCAUUCGGUCCUACACCAAGGCUUGAGUUUAGGAUCGAUUUGGGAACCAGGUUAAUAAGAUUGAUUGUGUGUAAUGGUCACAGUUCUUCUGCUUUGAUCUCUACCUGUCUUAGAAGACAUAUCAGACACCUCCAUUUAUGUAUGUCCUCGUUUUCAGUGGAAGUAAUGUAACCUGAAAAUGACAGGCUUUUGGUUCUCAAUCA